GUGGUUGCCCCUGUUGCGAGAGGGAUGCAGAGACAGGCAGGUCGGUCAGCUCAUGGCGCAUCUGCAUGCCCAUGAGGUCAGCCCUGCCGCUCAGCAGACGCGGCGUGACCCCCCAACAGGCCCUGCAUGCCAUCCAGCAGACUUGCCUUCUGGAUCCUGUGCAGCCUGACGCUUUACUCGCUGAUUUCCAUUCCUCACGCAGUCCGACAUCGGGGGCAUGGGCGUUCAGCGUCUCGAUCAAGGCUCCGAGAGCUGAAGGUGCCAAGAGCUGAAGAUCUCAUCAGAGCACAAGACCUCGCUAGAGCACAGAACUUUUCUACAGCCCAAUAUCUUACUGAAUCUCGAGACCUCCCAAAAGCGCAGAAUCUCACCAAAGACAAUGGUCAUGAUAGAGCUCAAUAUCGUACGCAAGCAAACAACUUUACUAGGGCUAAGGAGCUUGCUGAAGCACAAGAUCUUACGCCAGCACAGAAUCUCACCAAAGACAACGGUCAUAACAGAGCCCAAGAUCUCAUGCAGACAAGCAAUCUUACCAUAGCCCCAAAUCUUACGCAAGCACAGAAUCAUACUCAAACAAAGGAACUCUCGCAAGCGCCGCCAUCUCACAAUGUGUCAAGAAGAGAAACAGUGUACGCUUGGAUGCAUGUUCCGAGGACCGGAGGGACGUCAGCAUACAACAGCUUCAUGAUCGCGCUUGCCAACCAUGGCCGUAGGAUCUAUCCUGUUGUGAAUGGCAAGGGACCCCCGCAUGACUGGAACAGCCCCGGGUGCGAUCACUACCCCUGGUACGGAGGGACACACUGUACGCUCAUGGAGAUGCACAUUUGCUUGUCUUCGAAGCUCUUCCCUUCCCAUGACAUCAGGUUCUUGACGACCUUUCGUCAUCCCGUGGAACGCGUGAUCUCCGAGUAUCGCUGGUGGUUACAGGACAAGAGUAACAUCUGGACAGCAGCCAUGAAGCAGAAGAGCUCGAGUUUGAAGGAGUGGGUGCUUGAAGAGAACAACGUGGCGCACAACCGGCUUGCUUUCUUCUUGCUGCAUGAUGGAAAGUAUGUUCAUGAUGAGUGUGUAAUGACCAACGCAGUACAUGUCAUCUCAUGGGUAAAAGAGCAUUACGGCUCGUUCGAGGGCAUGAACAACAGUACCUCUGCAGCCAAGCAAGCGCUGUCAAGGAUCGAUGUUGCCAGCGGACUGUUCUCCUUCAUAGCUCUGCUGGAUAGGCCGAAGGCCUCCAACCAGGCGUUUGCACGGGAGUUCGGGUAUGAGGGACAGCAAGGGAAAGUUAGGAACAACAAAAGCACGCAAAAGACAACGGCGGUAAGCGAUGAGAUCCGAGAGCUGAUCAAAAGUAGAAAUCGUCUGGACAUGCAAAUCUACCGAGAGAUCUGCUUGAGAAUCGACCCGGGAAACCCAGCAGGUUGUGACAAGGCGACGGGAGUGAUCGAGACGCCUCCGCCCGAGGCUGAAGGAGGAAAACGAGGGAGAAAGCAGAAGAAAUAAAGAAAGAUAAUGUCUCUGAUAUCAUCAAGACUGACAAAUAAAGAUAAUGUCUCUGAUAUCAUCAAGACUGACAAAUAAAGAUAAUGUCUCUGAU